AUGUCGGAGAAGGCUCCUCAGGUGCUGGGCGGCACGCGCCCCAACGUGGACGAGCGGUUCCACCUGCAGGACGUGGACGAGAACGGAGAGGAGAACAAGGCGCCGGCGCCGUCCAUCUACGCGCUGCAGGCCGAGGACGACGUUCCGGAGGUCACGACCAUGGAGAGUCUCUGCAUGAACUGCCACGAGGACGGCACCACCAAACUGCUGCUCACCAUGAUCCCGUACUUCCGCGAGGUCAUCCUCAUGUCCUUCGAGUGCGAGCACUGCGGCUUCAAGAACAGCGAGGUGCAGUUCGGCGGCAAGGUGCAGGAGCAGGGCGCCAAGGUCGAGCUCGAGGUGACGGACAGGGAGGACCUGAACCGUCAGCUGAUCAAGGCCGACGCCGGCGUCAUCUACUUCCCGUCGCUGGACUUUGAGAUCCCGCGCGAGACGCAGCGCGGCAGUAUCAACACCAUCGAAGGUGUGCUGCAAAAGGCAAUUGAGGACCUGCGCGAGAACCAGGAGCACCGUCGCGAGAUCGACCCGGAGACCACCGAGAAGAUCGACGAGUUCAUUGCCAAGCUCGCGCUCAUGUCUGCUGGCAUCACGCUGCCGUUCAAGAUUGUGCUGGACGACCCUUCUGGCAACUCGCACAUUGAGAACCCGCUUGCGCCCGCGGCCGACCCCAAGAUGAAAGUCACGAACUACUACCGUUCGGAGCAGCAGGACCUGGACUGCGGCCUGCAGCCCGAUAUGUCGCACGACGCGCCCACGCAGACCCCGCGCGUACUGCCGCACCGCAACGAAGGCCUGGACAAGUUCGUGGAGGAGGCUAACAUUGCCAAGAAGGAGGUGAUCCAGAUCCCCGCCGACUGUUUCGCUUGCCAGGCGCCUGGUUUCUCGUGCAUGUGCAUGACGGACAUCCCUCACUUCAAGGAGGUGAUCAUUAUGUCGUUUAACUGUGAGGCGUGUGGGUUCAAGACCAACGAGGUGAAGGCUGGCGGCGCUAUUCCGCCCCAGGGCGAGCGCAUCACGCUUAAGGUGGACGCCAGCAAGGACCCGGACGUGAUGGAUCGCGAUAUCCUCAAGUCGGACUCGGCGUGUGUGAACAUCCCUGAGAUCGAGCUGGAGAUGGCGCACGGUUCGCUUGGUGGCCUGUACACGACGCUGGAGGGUCUGCUCGACAAGAUUCGCCAGAACAUCGAGGAGGGCAACCCCUUCGCUAUGGGCGACAGUGACGGCGGUCGCUCGCUGCUAAACGCGUGGCUGGCGCGCCUUGACGCUCUGAAGCGCAGCAAGGAGCCCUUCACGCUCAUCCUGGAGGACCCGCUGGCCAACAGCUUCAUCUACUCGCCGUUCGGCAGUGCCGACGACGACCCGUACAUGGUGGCGGAGAAGUUCACGCGCUCGGAGUACGAGGACGACGUGCUGGGCAUUACAGACAUGAAGGUGGAGAACUACUCGAGCGACGUCGGCCUGGGCAGCAUCACGGAGGAGGACAAGCCGGCUGAGCCCAUUCGUAGUGACAAGGAGACCAUGGGCGGCGGCCGCGCCAUUGACCCGUCCAAGUACCACCCGAACCCGGCGGCCGUCAUGGAGGUGCGACAGCAGCUAGAGGAGAAGAAGAAGCUGGAGCAG